CGGCCACUUUCGUAUUGCAGAGAACAUAACAGCUUUUGAGAGCUCCCACUUUCUGUCUUCCAGAAAACACGAGCGUUUGAGUUCGAGAGCUUCUCUUUGUUAUUUUCAGCGAGGUGUGGAUUAGUAGAUCUGAAAUUGAUUGCUUGCUUAAAUAACGAGUCAUGAAAGGCAUACCCUGUCUCCACAUUGGAUCAAGAACAGGAUCAGAAGGAUCAAAAACUGCUAAUUCGUAUAGAGCCAUCGAACCGGCCCAACCAGCAACCAGAGCUGUAUGCAUUAUAUGGACAGCAAUCAAACGGCCGGGAUCAUUCAAUACAUAAAUGGUUUUGUCCUUAUGGUACUGUAUUUAUUAUUCAAAGACUUUGAGAAAUGGGUGGAAUGCCAACAGAAAAUACUUCGUCUGCCUUGGCUUUCCCAGGGUCGCAGCCAAAUCAAGGAUCAGCGGUCACUACUGCACCUAGCCUGGAUACAAAGCCGAAGAAGAAGAUCUGCUGUGCUUGCCCGGAUACUAAGAAGCUGCGCGAUGAAUGCAUUGUGGAGCAUGGUCAAGAGGCUUGCACAAAAUGGAUCGAUGCUCAUCUCAGGUGCCUUCGUGCAGAGGGCUUCAAUGUUUGAGAUUGCCAGAGAUGGUUAAGAUAAUAAAUUGAACAUUAACCAGUUUUGAAAGAAUACAUUUAUUUUAGGUUUACAACAUACAAGAAGAUAAUAUCUGAAAGUUCCAAAAUAAUGCAUGGAGAGCUUCUGUUUACCAUUAGAUGCAAUCAAAUUUUACUUUUCUUUUCUUUUCUUUGAGAUUGCAGUAUUAAAUUUAUAAGGUGCAGUACAUAUUGGUUGAUAAGUUACAGGAUUGAUCUCAGUAUCUGCUUUUGUCUUGUCUAAGUGUAAUAUUUUUUGUUAA